AUGGACAGCUUCAACAACGUCAAGCAGUGGCUGCAAGAGAUUGACCGUUACGCUACCGAGGGCGUGAACAAGCUGCUGGUGGGCAACAAGAGCGAUAUGUCAGACAAGAAGGUCGUCGAGUACGCAGUGGCAAAGGAGUUCGCCGACAGCUUGGGCAUCCCAUUCCUCGAAACCUCGGCCAAGAACGCCAGCAACGUCGAGCAGGCUUUCUUGACCAUGGCACGCCAGAUCAAGGAGCGCAUGGGCAACACCACUGUCAACAACAAGCCAACCGUGCAGGUCGGACAGGGCUCGAACGUGCAAUCGGGCAGCGCAGGAGGCUGCUGCUAG